CCCGUGGGUUGGUUUAUUUGUGGAUUUUAAGGUCUCUUUGGGUCCCAGAGCAGGUGUGAGUGCUACAGGAGCACAUUUGCCCUCCAUUCAGCUUUUCUGGUGCGGAAGUAUGAUAAAGAACAAUAAGAAACUAAAUUCCCAAGAUGGCUCAACAAAUGCUAUCACAAGUAACAAUGUCAACAAACAGGCCAAUAGCCUGGCUCUCUUCUCCCAACCAAAUGCCCCAAAUAGCUUUUCAUUGUUCUUGGAAAGUUGUGUGCCCCCUGUUGCGUUGAGGCAUUUUGGGAGUCUGCCGCUUUUAGGCCCAGUCUCCCUCCAGCCGGCACAGAUAAAGACUCAGUUGGCACUGCACCAGCUGAAUGCAAUUGCUGGCACAAGCGUCACUCCGCCUGCAAUUGCUUCACCUGCUUUGACCUUGCUCAACUUGCUUAAGGUCACCAUGUCACAUCCAUUAUAUAAUCCCCGUGGAAGGCCGUUCCACAGUGGUCAGAGACCCGUUGUGCCUGGCCAAUAUGGUCUUGGGUCACAGCCUCGAAUGGAGCUCAGGGCAGCCCGUCUUGGCCCAGGUUCCAUAUCCAGUUCUCGCGGAGGAUUGAUGGUCAACCAGCCCUUCUCACUGGGACAACGCCAGUCGCAGAUUUCCCCAGGUCUCGAAGCCGCCAUAGAUCGGAACCUUCGGGGAGCCCGUGAGGAAGUUCGCCUUCUCACUCAAAUGCUCCAGCAACCCAAAAAAGCAGAUCCCCGUAUGAGAGAGGAUGCAAGGGAUGAAGUGAUUUCCUCCGGGAGCGGAUUUUCAGGGACUUUACGAUCUGAUGAGGGGGACUGGUCCACAUACCAAUCCCCAGCCAAGCUCUUUGCAUCUUCAGGUUUGGAUCGUCCUUCAAGUUCUUCACCGCUAUUCCAGUCAACAGGAUUUGGUGGAGGAUCAAGUGGUUUGGACAGCCAGCGACCACCAGGACAGCGGCCUUCACGCUACACCUCUGAAAGUGCCAGCAGCAUCCUAGCAAGUUUUGGACUUUCCAAUGAGGACCUAGAACUUCUAAGCCACUAUCCAGAUGAUAAGCUGACUCCUGACAACCUACCGUUUAUUUUACGAGACAUCCGAAUGCGUAAAGAGAAGAGGGACGUUGAUGCGAGAUCUGAAUACAGCAAAGUUAUUGACUAUGGACAUUCUAGUAAAUUUGGCUAUCCUGAAGGGAGCCCGGAUGGCUAUGCAAGUGAACAUCUGCUUAAAGAGUCACCAAAGUAUGUGAGGAAGGUCUCUGGACCUCCCUUCAGUGGUAUGGACAUCACAAAGCAUCCUCAGCCGUGUCAACCAGCUCCAGGCCCUGUACAAGUUCCAAAGCUUCAGAAACCUCUACUAGUAGAUCCGAGACCCACUAAGAAGAUUCCAGCGAGACCAUCUGCUUCCCAGCCUAUUCUGCCACCUUCCAGUCGACCUCCUUCGCAGAUUCCACCUCAACUUGGUGUUCUUCCUUUGAUGACCAUUAAUACUAUCACCGGAGGUCCGAAUGCUAACUGGAUCCCAUUCCUUUCACCUCCAAUCAGCCUGCCCGCCCCGAAGAGGCUUCCAACUCCGACCAUGAUGAACGAUUACUCCGCAGCUACUCCAAGAAUCUUUCCUCAUACAUGCUCUCUAUGUAACAUUGAAUGUAUCCAGAUUAAGGACUGGCUUGAACAUCAGAACACAAAUCUUCACAUUGAGAGUUGUAGACGUCUUAGGCAACUAUAUCCUGACUGGAAUGUUGAGGCUGAUUCUGUUAAAAGACCUGAGCCCAAAUCAGACCACAGCAGCUCAAAGCGGCACACCCGAUCGCACUCGUACUCCAGAUCCCCCAGCCCGAAGCGGCACCAUGACUCCUCAAGCCGUCGUAAACGAUCGCGUUCACGCUCCCCCUCCCGAAGCCCUAGAAGGUACCGGCGUUCCAGAAGUCACAGCCGGUCCCCCCAUAGGAAAUCUCGAGUCAGUCCUUACAGACGGAGGUCCCGUAGUCCACCAUCUCAACGGUCAAGGUCUCCAGUUUACAGUAGGCGCUCUCCUGUACGCCGCUCAAGCCCCCGUCGGAGCAGCCCCUCCCGUCAGCAGAGAUCUAGCAGUAGUGAACGACUGGCCAUGAAACUCAUGUCUUCAACUGAGCUUUCCUCUAUCACAGACAGUAAUACUUUGAAGGCUGUGGUGAAAUCCUUGGCACCAGCCCUGCUUGCUGAGCUAGCAAAGAAGAAAAGUAGUUCCACUACUUCCUCGUCAAAGGGAUGUAGCAGCAGUAGUUGGAAACGGUCUUCCCCUCCUAAGAGAGCGGAGUACUCCAAGUCAAGCAGAACCUCCACCUCAAAGUCCUCCAGCACUCCAAAGCCAAGAGCCAAGGAUGCCCCUGGCACAUCUUGUUUGUUGAGACUCAUGCGAAUUCCUUUUGGGACUACAAGCAAAGAACUGACUGAUGCCAUUGAACCUUUUGGCAAGAUUUAUACUGCCAUCCUCCUCAAGGCGAUUAACGAGGCCUCAGUGUGUAUGGAGAGAGAGGAGGAUGCCAAAGCUUUGCUCAACUGUAAGAACCUGACAAUUUGUGGACAGGUUAUUGAUGUCUGCAUGGAGAAGGAUGCAAGAAAUGAUGGGAGAAAAUCUGUUAAGACUGAAAAACCUGUUAAGAAAAAAGAGGUGACUACUACAAAACCAACCCAAUCAGCAAAAGUAAAGUGUGCCAACCCAGUGAAGGCACCUCAGUCAGCUAAAGCUAAAGAGGCAACAGGUUCCAAGACUUCUCAAUUAAUCAAGGGAAAAUUCAGUGUCCCCAAAAAGACUGUACAGACAGCUAAAGCUAAACUCCCUGCUAAGGGUUCAGAGACGGCAGUUGUUGCCAAGAAGUUAGUAAAGAAGGAAGUACCCUGGAGAAAAAAUAUAGUUGAGAUUACGAAUCUUCCAGAGGGGGGGGUUACUGAGGAUGACCUCACCAACCUUGCUAAACCAUAUGGCUUCAUUGCAACUCCUGUCAUAGCAUUCACUCAACAAAAGGCUUAUCUGCAGAUGCCCAACACAGAGGCAGUUGAAGCAAUGGUGAAGGCCUACUCGGAGACACCAGCUAAAGUGCAAGACAAAGAGAUUACCAUCAAGAUGAUGAUGCAACCUAUCGACCUGAACUACACUGAGUCAGUAUUCAGAGUGCUUGUGGGCAUGGAGAAAUCGCCUGAAAUCGUUACUUUGCCAGAACGCCUUCUCAUUGUUAGUAAUGUGCCAAAAACACUUGGGGCAAUCAAGGAAGUAGAGACCAUAAUUCAACGCUAUGGUGGCUUCAAGAAAGUUUUGCCUCUGAAUGGCAAGAUUAUUUUUGAAAUGGAGAGUGUUGCUAACGCCAGGACUAUCUUCAGUCGCUUCCUCAAGUUUCGUUGUGUGGUCCAGAACAACACCCUUAACUUCCAACUAGCCAAACCACUCAAGCUAAAAAAGAAGCCAGUAGCAAAAGGAGCAAACCCUCCUGGUACAACAGCAGCGACAAUAAAAAAACGUAGUACCGUCAAAGCCCAGAAGCCAGUGGCUACAGCAACAGCUUCUGCUGCAUCUACUGCAGAUCCACCUGUCACAAAAGACAAAGCUCCAAAAACAGCUGCUAUUAUUGUGGCUAAAGCAGAGAAAAGUAUUGUUUCAAGCAAAAGUUUGAAAGAAAGUGUUGGUGAAGAAAAGGUGAAUGCUGAUACAGCUGCAACUAAACUUUCUGCAGUUCCCAAAGACCUUACUGUUGAUGCGUCUGCUAAUGCGGAAACGGCUACUCCUGAGAAUAAAGCAAAGAAGGAUACCCAAGUUGUUAAUGAAACUGUCAUGAAGAUCCUUGAGACUGAAACUCUGAAAAAAGAGCAUGAAGCUGGAUCCUCAGUUCCCACGACAGAAUCUGAUAGUGAGAACAAGGAGCUUGAAGUUGAAUCCUCUGUUCAAGCUUCGGAAUCUGCCGUUUCAGCUGAGUCUGGGAAAGCAGAGCUUAAAUUUGAAUCAUCUGUCUCUGCUUCAGAAGCUGCUGUUUCAGUUGAAUCUCCAAACACAGAGCAUGAAUUGGGAUCCUCUGUUCCCGCUACAGAAUCUGGAAAAACAGAGCUUGAAGUUGCAUCUGCUGUUUCCGCUGAAUCUGAAGUUUCAGUUGAGUCUGGGAAAACCAAGCCUGAUGUUGCAUCCUCAGUUCCCUCAGGAGAAUCUGCUGUUUCAGUGGAGUCUGCAAAUGCGGAGCAUGAAUUGGCUUCCUUAGAAACUUCCAUUUUAACAGACACAACUGAUCAGACAGGGAUUUCAUUCAAGAUAAAUGAUCAGAAUGUGCUGCAGGCUGAAAAUGUUCCUAAAGAAUUGGUUCCUACAUCUGUGGAAGAAAGCAAAAUUGACAAUGAAAAGUUAGAAGAUGACGAUAAUGUUGAGUCCAAGUCACAAAUGGAGAUUGUUGCUUCAACUGUUAGUAGUGAGGAAACUGCAGUAGAGGCCAUGGAGACCCAGAGUCCAGAAGAACCUACCAAAGGCACUGAUGUCAGAGAGAAAGUUUUGGAAACGCAUGAGCUCAAGAUAGAAAAUGAGGGCCAGGCCAAUGACUUGAGACCAACUGAACCUUUAGAGAUGGACAUCAAUCCUCAGUCUAAUAAUCAAACCGAACCUGCUGAAGAGCAUGUCCCUGCAGCUGUUGCAUCUGACUCCAUUCCACCCUUUGAUCCUGCUUCUGACGUACCCUCCACUUCUGAUCAAACUGUCAGUAAUUCUUCUGUCACAGUUACAUGUGCCUCAAACAGUCCUCAAACGGUGCUUGAUCCCUUCCAGAUUGACGACAAUUCUCUGGACUUUCCUCCGGUUACGCAGGAGAUUUUGAAGGCCCUUGAAUUAGCUGUCCAUCAGUGUCGCUUACAGUCUUCAUUAAAACGUGCUGAAGAAGAAGCCAAACAGAAGGCAGAGAUGGAGAAAAAAGCUGCAGAGAAGAAAACCACAAAAGGUCCAUCAAGCUCAAAGAAGCCUGCUCAAGUGACCAAGUCCACUCAAGCUGAGAGCAAAAAGAUUCAGGCCGAGAAAGAGAAAAAGUCUCAGAACUCCGGGUCCAGGAGCAAGCCUGUGGACCCCUCAUCCCCAGAGAAAGAGCCAACAUCUAGGCGCAGGGGUAAUUCUGAAGAAGAUGGCCCUACCACCAGGCGUGGGGGAUCUUCUGGGUCCUUCUCCUCCCGGAGGAGCAGGCGGAAUUCCAGCCCUCCAUCAAAGCGCUCAAGGGGGCAUGAUGUUGAUCGCAGGAGUCAUAGUAAAAACUCACAGCCUUCAAGGGGCCACUCAAAAACAAGGACAGCUGAAAAGGAAAAAGAGGAGGAACCGUUUCCAUUUAACAUUGAUGAGUUUGUGACCGUUGAUGAAGUCGGGGAUGAUGCAGAGGACACUGCGGUCUCAAAUACUGAGUCUUCAGCCAAGGAUGAGAAGAUCCAGGAUAAACCCGAUUCCCACUCCAUAGUCUCUCCUAUUGCAGAGUCUGGUCCAGCUGAUAAACCAAACCAAAUAACUGACACGAUAAUUGCUUCUGAGAUAGGAAAACCAGAAGUUAUUGAAUGUGCAGAUAAAAUGGAAGCCAAGACUAAAGAAACCACACCAGCUGCAGAAGUUGUUGCAUCUCCAAAACCAGAAGAGCAAGGGCUUCAGGAAGAGAGUGCUGAUAAACCGCUGGGAACUGAAAGGAUGGAAACUGCCGUUGUUAAGAACGAGACAACAGAGCCUUGUACUAUAGAAGAAACCGCUUCAGCAGAGAUGGACAACAAUGCUGAGACCCUUUUAACCAUGAAAGAACACCAUGACAUUGGGGCCUUGGAUGAAUUUGAACCAAGUCAGUCAGUUUCUUCCUCUCCUUCACAGAAGGAAGGCUAUCCACCAACUUCUGUAGAAACUUUAGAGAAAUCCGAAGAUGUCCAUCCCGAGGAGCCUGAAACCUCUGCCCCAGUGAUGGACAAUAAAGAUGAGGCAACUGUAAUCUCUGAAAUUCCAUCCCAUGAUGCAAUGGUCACUCUUGAUGAGGUCAGUGAGGGUGAGGAAGAUUUUCUUGAUGAAACAAAUGAGGAACAGCGUUCGAAGGCUGAUGAAGUGCCUGAGACACUUGUAACGGCUGAUGAGGUUGGAGAUGAUGUAACGGGGGGUGAAGAAUACCAGUUGGACAAAGAACUUCAAGGUCUAGUCACAUUGGAUGAGAUUGUUGAUGAAGAAGAGGAGUUUGAUUCAUUCAAUCCUGAGACUCUUGUAACCCUGGAUGAGGCCAAGGGUGACGAUGAGGAGAUUGAGGAAGUGGAGCAUAGUGAAGACAAGCCAAGCACCACAACACCAAUCAUACCAGAGGAGCCGGUGAAAUCACCAAGCCAAGAAGAGGAUGUCUGUGACUUUGAAGAACUCCGCAAGAUGAACUUUGUAACUGUGGACGAAGUAGGGGAGGAGGAAGAGGAACAACCACCCAGUGAAGAUGUCAAAGAGGAGAAACAAGUUAAAAAGAGAGCUACAAGGGCCAAAAAGAGAGCACGCCAGAACCCAGUGAGGAGAUCCACAAGAAGUAAAAGAGGGGCGACAAAGAGUGCUGAAGAAGCAGAGGAGCCCGAGACAAAUGCAGAGUGUGAACCAGAGGCAGCUGCUUCCAUAAGUGAGAGUCCUCCUGCAGCUGUAGAAUCCAUGGUUCUUGAUGUUAAGCCAAAACCGCAAAAGGCUGAAACCUUGAAAGUUCCAGAUUCAUCGGCUGCAGUAGUCACUGCAGAGGUCUCUUCAGGGUCAGAAGAGGACAAGACGAAAGCUAAAGAUGAUGGCAAAUCUGCAAAGUCAGAAAGUGAUACUGUUGACACACCAGUCUCUGACAGAAAAUCCACAAUCAAAGAAGAGUCCAAGCAAAGGCGGGAGACGGAGCCGACACAGGAACCAGAAGCUAAGAAGGCCCACUCUCAUUCCCCUUUGAUUGAAGACUUCACCUUGCCCCCGUUUAGCCCAGACAAUCCCAUUGGGGUUGACUUUGUGGUGCCCAAGACGGGUUUCUUCUGCAGACUCUGCUCUUUAUUCUAUGGCAAUGAGGAAACCGCUAAGAAAAGUCACUGUAGUAGCCUAAAGCAUUACCAGAACAUGGAGAAAUACUGCAAGAAACUCAAGUCUCAGAAGCAGGGUGGUUGCUCAACACAGACGAUGCCCAGUCAUGUUUCUGCUUCUGAAUAGCCCCUGUGAAGAGUUUUUUUUCCCUUUUGUAUUAAUGUUAACAGAUGGGUCCAGUUGUUUAGUUGUAAAGGUUUAUUAUUAUUUUUAUUUUUAUUGUUUAGAAUGAAAUGCAUUGGCUCAUGCUCAAUAAAGAUUAAAUAUAAUCAGA